GAAGUCCCAGCCUGCCGCAGGCGCCCAGGGUAGCGCUGCAAAGCCCUAGGACGCAGUCCGUCAUGGAGGCAGAUCCGCCGCUCUACCCAGUGGCGGGGGCUGCGGGGCCCCUGGGGGAUGAGGAUCGAUUCGGAGUACCUGAUGGGCCAGAGGCUCCGCUGGACGAGCUGGUGGGCGCGUACCCCAACUACAACGAGGAGGAGGAGGAACGGCGCUACUACCGCCGCAAGCGCCUCGGUGUGGUCAAGAACGUGCUGGCGGCCAGCGCGGCCGGCAUGCUCACCUACGGCGUCUACCUGGGCCUCCUGGAGAUGCAGCUGAUCCUGCACUACGAUGAGACCUACAGGGAGGUGAAAUACGGCAACAUGGGGCUGCCCGACAUCGACAGCAAGAUGCUGAUGGGUAUCAACGUGACGCCCAUCGCUGCCCUGCUUUACACCCCCGUGCUCAUCAGGUUUUUUGGUACGAAGUGGAUGAUGUUCCUAGCCGUGGGUAUCUACGCCCUCUUUGUCUCUACCAACUACUGGGAGCGUUAUUACACACUUGUGCCCUCUGCAGUAGCCCUGGGCAUGGCCAUCGUUCCUCUCUGGGCCUCCAUGGGCAACUACAUCACCAGGAUGUCUCAGAAGUACUACGAAUACUCCCACUACAAGGAGCAGGAUGAGCAGGGGGCUCGGCAGCGACCACCACGGGGCUCCCACGCGCCCUAUCUCCUGGUCUUCCAAGCCAUCUUCUACAGCUUUUUCCAUCUGAGUUUUGCCUGUGCCCAGCUGCCCAUGAUUUACUUCCUGGACUUCUACCUGUACGACCUGAACCACACACUGUACAACGUGCAGAGCUGCGGCACUAAGAGCCACGGCAUCCUGACUGGCUUCAACAAGACGGUUCUGCGGACGCUGCCGCGUAGCCGAAACCUCAUAGCGGUGGAGAGCGUGCUCAUGGCGGUGGCCUUCCUGGCCAUGCUGGUGGUGCUGGGCCUGUGUGGCGCGGCUUACCGGCCCACGGAGGAGAUCGACCUGCGCAGCGUGGGCUGGGGCAACAUCUUCCAGUUGCCCUUCAAACACAUGCGUGACUUCCGCUUGCGCCACCUGGUGCCCUUUUUUAUCUACAGCGGCUUCGAGGUGCUCUUUGCCUGCACUGGUAUCGGCCUGAGCUACGGAGUGUGCUCCGUGGGACUGGAGCGGCUGGCCUACCUGCUCAUAGCUUACAGCCUGGGUGCCUCAGCUGCCUCUGUCCUGGGUCUGCUUGGAUUGUGGCUGCCACGUUCUGUACCUCUGGUGGCUGGGGUGGGGCUGCACCUGCUGCUCACAUUCAGCCUCUUUUUCUGGGCCCCUGUGCCUCGGGUCCUGAAACACAGCUGGAUCCUCUAUGCAGUAGCCGCCCUCUGGGGUGUGGGCAGUGGCCUGAACAAGAUGGGACUGAGCACGCUCCUAGGGAUCCUAUAUGAGGACAAGGAGAGGCAGGACUUCAUCUUCACCAUCUAUCAUUGGUGGCAGGCCGUGGCCAUCUUUGUUGUGUACCUGGGCUCCAGCCUGCCCAUGAAGGUCAAACUAGCAGUGUUGCUGGUGACCCUGGUGGCCGCUGUGACCUCGUACCUGUGGAUGGAGCAGAAGUUGCGGCAGGGUCUGACCCCACGUCAGCCACGCAUUCCUCGACCCCAGCACAAAGUUCGGGGUUACCGCUACCUGGAGGAGGACAACUCGGAUGAAAGUGACACAGAAAGCAAGCACGGCCAGGGGGACUGCGCGGAGGAGGAGGUGCCGGCCGGGCCCGUGGGCACUGAGCCUGCAGGUCCUUGCCGCAGGCCCUGCCCCUAUGAACAGGCACUGGGUAGUGAUGGGCCUGAGGAGCAGUGAGGAACCUCAGGAGUCCGCCUUACCCUCUAACGCAGCCCUCCUACUCUCCUGCCUCAGUUUCCCAUGUCUUGCAUUGAAGGUCCCCCUCUGAUCUGUCCCAGAGCCUGGGGUUACCUGGAAGUUCCUUAACCCUCUCCACUAGGAGGUCAGGCUGCCCUCCAGGACCCCUGCCCUGCAAGUCCCAGCCUGGAACAGCAAGGUCACUCCCCUGCAAGCCACACCCCCAGGUCACUCCCUUCUGCCUCUGUUGCUAUGGGUGUGGACAGCCUUUGACUCGAACUUUGCUCUUUCUACCCCAGGUCUGCCCAAAGGUACACUUUUUUAUAUAGAGAGGUAAUGAAUAAUAAAGUUUUAUAUUGUCUAAA